GUUGGUGGCAUGUAGAAGGUUGGCCACACAGAAGAAGAAGAAAAUCUUCCUGUUAGACGCUAAGGGAAGCGUGUCUCGUCAUUUCUACACCACGGGGUGGUGACAGGGAGCAGCUUAAUCAGCGGGAAUGGCGGUGCGUCGUCCAGCAGUCUAAGACAGGCUGUAUGUCACAUCAUUGAUCAGAAGGUGGAGGAUGAGUGAAGAACGAUGAAGGAAGAGCACUUCAUCAUCUGGCUGGCAGCUAUUAGGUCGUGGGAUGUUCAUUUAGCCAUUUAUCUGACCGCUCUGCUUCUCUGACUGAAACAAUCCCCAGACAAACUUCAGAGGAAAUGUUUGAGCCACAAGACAUGCAGGCAGUCCUGCCAGAGGGGGAACAGUAUGAAUUCAGCUUACCCUGCCGUUGUGAGCACCUUCAGGCAAACACAAAGGGAAUGAGCUGCAGGGAAGACUGUUUUUGCCCGUGCCAUCUGCCUUCUCCUUAUGUGUUGCUCAUGUGAAGCAGAAGCAGACCAGAGCUCCAGCUUGCAACUCCGAGCUGCUCCUCUCCUACAGAUUUCACCUGAAUGUAUUUCUAUUUUUGUAGAGUCCAAAAAAAACAAAUCAAGGAUCAUCAGCAUGGCGCGGAGGUGGUGGGCUCUUCUCGCCGUCGUCUACCUGUCCAGCCUGCAAGCGGCCGCUUGGCACCAGAGGAAAGCUCUGUAUCCGUCUGCGUACUUGAUAAAGCGUGGGGCGUACUCCCUGAUCAAUCCCACCUUCCUGCACUCAGAGGAGGACGCUAAGCUGCUGUUUGAGAUUCUUCUUGCCGGAAUGCAGAUCCAAGGUCAAGAGCGCCCUCUGCUGAUCCCAGAUGAGGAGCUGGCCUCCAUGAAAAGCGUGAAAACCCUAGAAGUUAUCUGCGAGGAUGUGCUGCCGAAGAAGCUUUCCGAUAUCCGCCGCCUUAUGGCGGACCUGGCCCAGUGGCGGCGACCGCUCGGCUGGCAGGACUUUGAGAGAACGGUGCUGACUUUAGUCUACAGCUCACAGGUACUCGGUCAGAUCAGCAACCAGCACCAGAAGGAGCUGUGGAUGGAGACGUUGGUACAACUGGUCCGUGCUGUUCAACGAGACCUCACACCGACCUGAGAAAAACUGAGCUUCCCUCUCUAUACUUUAUGGUUCUGUUAGUUUAAUACAACAGCUUAUUAGGGACAACAUAGAUAGAAAAAGAAGAAAUAAAUUUCUGUCAAAAACUCAUAAAUGUUCAAGAAGAAACAAGGACAUUUGUAAAAUACUAAAGACGAAAACUUUAACUUUUAUGGCUGCAGUAGUUUGACCCUUUCCCUGCCUGUUGGAUGUCUUCAAGUAACUUUCAAUGUUUUUCUCUGUCUAAAAACGAUUUCUCAGCUCAUUUAAAUGACUUCCAAAAGCUAUUUUACAUAAAAAGCGAAUAGAUUCUCAGCGCAUCAAUAUCCUUGAUUGCUCAUUUAAGGAAACGAAGAAACGUCUGAAGGUUUGCUUCAAAGGGCCCAAUUUUUCCCCUCUUAAUGCCGGAAAAGAGAUUUCUUCUAAUAAGGUUUUUGUGGAUUACUUAUUUCAGAGUUGAUGGAGGGUAGUUAUGGAUCUUUUGAAUGGUUUUCUCUCCUUCAUGGAAUUAGUUUUGCUUUUGCUUUCACUUUUAUUUGUUUUAUCUUAUACAACAAUUUUCAGGUUUCAUUUUUUCAAGGAUAGACCUAGUGAAAAAAAAAUGGAAAGGAAAAAAGAAAAAGAUAUUCAAGCUCUUUCUGGUUAUAACUUGAAGCCGAGUACAAUUUAAUUGUAUAGGGAGAAUACCAUUGGUGCUUAUUGUGCAGCAUUUAGUGUAAAAAUAACAAUAGAAGAUUUACAAAAGGUUAACCCCUUCAUAAACUAGAGAUUUUGUGCACAAAUAAAAUAAGAAUGUUUGAAGGCGUCUAGAUGGAGCUUUCCUUUAUAUGAAAAUUGCAUCAGGUAGCAUGGUGGGGGUGGAGUCAUGCUGUGGGUUAAACUGCCAGUAACACUGGAACAUUGCAUAAAUUGGCUGGAAAACAAUGAAGGUUAAAUUCAUUAACUUUGUCUCACAUCAACAGCUUGGUGGCUGAAAUGUGGACAAAAUUCUGCAUUCUCAGCAGCUUAUUUCUGAAUGGAGUGACAUUAAAUUCAGGAUUUACCUUAUAGGAAUAUAAAGUUAUGUGUAAAAACCGGACGUGUACCAGGAAGUCCUCAAAGUUUAAUCUAUACACUUUCCACCAAUACGAUUGGUCAGAAAUUCAACCAGAAUUUCUCCAGAAGUUGUUUCUGAUGAAAAAAAAACAAGUCAAGUUGCAUCUCAUCAAAUAUUAGUGGACAUUUAUUAAUAUUUUCCAGUCUGUAUGUAUAAUUUUGACCCUAUGUGAAGUAUCAAAAAUCUAUAGAAAAUGUAAAUUGCUGCUCAAACGUUUGUAUUUUCUUUUUUGAUCCUCAUUGUUGCCAUUACAUCCUGAAACGGUU